AAGAAUAUUUCAGCUCUGUAGGUCCAUAAAAUGCAAGUGAAUGUUGGCCAGAACUUUGAAGCUCCAAAAAGCACAUAAAGGCAGCAUGAAAGUAAUCCACAAGACUCCAGUGGUUAAAUCCAUGUCUUCAGAAGCGACAUGAUAGAUGUUGGUGAGAAACAGAUCAAUAUUUAAGUCCUUUUUUACUCUAAAUCUCCUCUUACACUUUCAGACGUGAAAGUGAAACUAAACAGGCAUCAGAUGUGACUUUCAGAUUUGAAAGUGGAGAUUUAGAGUAUAAAAAGGACUUAAAUAUUUAUCUGUUUCUCAUGUUGUUGUUGAUGAUAUUAAGGGGGGCGCCACGUCUGAUCUCGCCUAUGGCACCAAGUAAACCAGAACCGCCACUGUGUCACUCUUUCCGUUAGUUUUGUGUGUGUCCAGUAAGUGUAGGGAGAGGGAAGACCACAUCCAGUGUUAUUGUACAGUACAGUACAGUACAUAGCUGUUGUACAGUACAAACAUUAAUAGACUUAACUAUGUGUAUCAUGAAGCUUUAGACAUUGAACUGGAAAGCACUGUAUUAAAAUGAGUGUGAACUCACUAUACUAUUCUAAGGAUACAGUACAGAUUUUUACGGUAAGGGAAGAGGGGAGGGGGAGCAAAGCAGGAGGAGAUGGGGGAAGACAUCACUGCCUCCACAACCACCACCAUUGCCAAAGGAAACACUGUAAUCUCAAGGAACAUCUCGCCGCAUUCCUCAGGAAUUUUCCACGAAGUGAACCUGUAGGCUAAUAGCAUACAUUCAAACGCCGAUCGCUGUGUCUGGAUUAUCCGACAUCUUUCCUUUAUUUAUUUUUUAUUUUAUUUUUUAUUAUUAUUUUUUUAUUAUUUUUUAUUUUUUAUUAUUAUUAUUUUGAAACCGACCAAACGCUGCAACACUAUAUCCAGGCUGUUCUACAUUUCGACUCGUAUUUAUUUAUUUAUUUCAUAUUUACAACGCCUUUUUUAAACGUUACCUAGGCCUAUUGGAUAUUUUGCCCCUUUUUUUAUUAAAAUAAAUAAAUAAACAAAUAAAUACUCAUCUGGUUAAUGACAAAAAUGCAGUGGAAUGAGUAAAGGCUUUAGGGCGGAGAGAAACGUUUGCAGCGGACAUCGUGAUCCCUGGUAAUACUGAAGAGAAGAGAUGCUCCGGGGAUUAUUUUAAACCUCUGUGUUAACGUCAUAUUCCUGCCUAAAGACCACAACAGGAACCAGCGUGUUUGUGCUUCAAGAAUUCCUAUGUCGAAAAUUACAAUUUAAUGCACUGAGGAGAGAGGCGAGGAAACUGACAGGAAUGUGGAAUGCUGAGAUCCAUUUGAAGUGACUGACAUCUCAUGUGCCUCAUAAGACUUACAAGAUAACAGAUGCAAAUACUUUGUGCUAUAACUGCUGUAAUAUCAAAUCAUUAAUUUCUGUGAAAUUUUGUAUGGUCAUUACAAGAUGGGGAGCGACAGUGAAAUAUUGAACCGAGAGCUGUCAAAGAUGUCUGAUGAAGACUUGCUGGCUUGUUCUAAGGAAGAACUGGUGAAUCGGUUACGCAAAGAAGAAUCGGAAAAGAUGUCGGCUCUCAUACAGCGCGGGCGGUUAAUCAAGGAGGUCAACAAACAACUGCAGGGACAUCUGCUUGAAAUCAGGGAACUCAAAGUCAUCAACAAGCGUCUUCAAGAGGAGAACCAAGAACUCAGAGAUCUAUGCUGCUUCCUGGACGACGACCGUCUGAAAGUGAAGAAGCUCGCGCGAGAGUGGCAACUGUUUGGCCAUCACGCGGCCAAAGUGAUGCGCGAGGACCUCGGCGGAUACCUCAAAAAGCUCGCCGAACUGGAGCGGAUGCAAGACGGGUUGGUGAAGGAGAAUCUGGAUCUGAAGGAACUUUGUUUCGUGCUCGAAGAAGAGUGCGUGAGCAGAAGUGAUUCCAGCCCGGGUGGCUCCACGGAUCUCAACAUACCGUGCAUGGUGGCCCGGGACCUGGGCGAUGGGAGCUCGAGCACUGGAAGUGUGGGCAGUCCAGACCAACUGCACUUGGUGUGUUCACCAGAUGACUGAGGGAGAGGAGCAGAGCCAUAUCACUUUAACCUUCUCUCUACAUGCUGAGACGGACUUAAUGUCUGCAAACUCAGAGGGACAAAGUAGUUUACAUUUUCUUGACAAUGACAUCUCAGCUAUUUGAGUGGAAAUAGAAUAUCAAGACAUAUGAAGUAGACUAAUUACUCAUGGCCUUUUGAUGCCAUAAGUACACUUUUCUCUACAUUUCAUUGGCUAACAUUUUAUAGUUGGCGGGUCUUUUAAACUUGAGUGAAAAUAUUUUUAAGAGGGAGUGGCAGGCAGAAUAUACUUAGUUUUGAGCUUUAAUUAAAACCCUUUCCUUUCAAAAUCAGUCCCAUUUUAUUAUAUUAUUAACAUUAUUUGAAUGUAUGUUUUUCCAAGUGUUGCUUGAAUGUUUCCACUCAUCUCUUACAGGGGAAGUAGACAGAGUUAAGUGUAGGUUUAGUUUUGGGGUUGAUAUUUUAAUCAACUUUGGGAGAAACUAACCAUACUACUAACAUUUACCAGGUUUUACUGUGCACUGAUCUGAUGUUUCUCCUAUGAUGCACUACGACAGGGCUGAAAUGAAUCUUGAAUCUUUGAAGAUUCACAUUUUAAAACUGAUUAGAGCCAUAUACUGUGUCCUGAUCUUUUUGUGAUCAUAUACUGUACAAAAAAGCACUGAAUCAUUUUCAACAAUGUUAGAAGAGGAAAGGGUAUUAUCUAAGGAUUGUGCAAAGUGAAGCCUCCAGUGUAAGAAGAUCAGAUUGAUUUUGUUUUUGUGUGACAUAAUAUGGCUGUAUUUUGGAGGCCCAACAAUAAUUCACUGGAAAUGCACAUGUUAUUAGGACACGUUUUUGCAGUAUUAUUUUAUUUUGUUUUUCUGAGCCGGACAUUAUAAUUCACUAGAUGUGAUGUGUGCUGCACUAAACAAUGUUUUUGUGCUUUGUACUGAAUCCAAAAUGAACUUCUUUUGCAUUAACCCCACUUUGAUGAUAACCACACAGUUGUAUUAUACCAAGCUUUUUGUGUUCAGAUGUUGCUUUGACAAGACUUUGACACAUGCUGAAUUGACACACUAACAUUUGGAGGGGACAGCACUGACAUACAUGUAGUUUUCAAAUACGGUGAUAGAUAUUGUUAUUAUAGUCCUUUUGGUUGGAUUUAUUGUAUUUGCUUCAUAGACCCUCCUUCAUAGGAUUGUUCAGUUGUACAUUUUUUCAUUCCGAAUAUCUUGAUCAGUAUUAUUUCAAUGAAUGCAGUUUGAUAGCUACAAAACUCAGUUCUCUGAUUUAUUAGCAUUUGCUUUUUUUAAGGCUACGCUCAUUGUGAAUGGGGUAGCUUUAAAUACACUUAAUUGAGACACCAAGUUCUGUUCUGG